CCUGAGGUGAGGGAAGAUAGCAUCGCUAAGGUAGCCAACUUGCAGGAUAUCUUUGCAAAAAUGUCGGCGCAGGGGGACUGUGAGUUUUUAGUAAAAAGAGCUCGUGAACUCGUUACUGAUGAUCCAUGGGCUGCCAAAGCGUGGCUCAUCACUGCGCGAACCCUCUACCCCGCAGACUUCAACAUUCAGUAUGAAAUGUACACCAUCGAGCGCAACGCCGAGAGGACCGCUUCUGCUGGCAGACUACUCUACGACAUGUUUGUGAAUUUCCCGGAGCAGCCGGCGGUUUGGCGUGAGAUCACGGUGAUCACAGCUGCGCUGCGGAGCGACUGCCAGGACAAGCACGCGCAGUUCCUCAGAGGCCUGUUUGAGACCCUGCCUGGGCGUGUUCAGUGUGAGAUGCUGUUGAAGGCUACGGAGCAGUGCUUUAACACCCUGGAGAAGGCCGAGAUGCUCCUGCUGCUGCUCAGACGCUUCCCCGAGUCAGUGGUGCAGCACGGGGUGAGUCUGGGAGAGACGCUUCUGGAUGCUGAGACCCUGGAGGACCUGGACUCCCCCGUCAACUGUUUCCGCAAACUGUUUGUGUGUGACGUCCUGCCGCUGAUCAUCAACGCCCCGGACAUGCGGCUGCCCGUUAGCCUGCUCUAUAAGUACAUGCACAAAGCCGCUGAGUUCUACAUCGGCUACGUCACGCGCGGACCAACCGCCGACAGCCCACUGCAGGGCACUCAGGAGGGCGUGGGCCUGAAGUCGCCGGGCGGACUUCGCGGGUCUCAGCGCUACGUCAUCGACGGGCUGACGGAGAAGUCCUCGCUGGUGACGGAGCCCUGGGAGCGGCUGCUGGACAUCCUGGCCAUCGUGGGGGCGCGGUGCGAGUGGCAGGGGGACAAAGGGAGCCGGAGCUAUGUGGAGAUCCUGCAGCGCAUGAAGGAGUUGUGUCGUUACCUGCCCAGCCUGGAGGGGGAGACUCUGUCCUGCUGCCGGAGCCAGGUGGUCACCUGCACCACGCUGGUGCUGUUCCACAGCGCCUACCUGUACGUGAGCGCGGUGCAGCCCGCACUGUUUCAGGCCCACAGCAGCCCAGCAGCAGGCCCCUGGAUCCUGCUGGAGGACCUGAGCUCCGUGUUCAGCGAGGCCCAACCAGAGAGGAGCUCCAGCAAACACGCCCACAAGAAACGCAAGCUGGGCGACGGCAGGGAGAAGACCAUGAGCUCGGAUGACGAGGACGGCAGUGGGAAGGCCCGCGGGCGGCACAUCCUGGUCAGUAAGGCGGAGAUGCCGGCCUGGGCGGACAUGUUGGACAGCUUCCGCACGGCGAGAGAGAGCUGGGACCUGCUGCACUCCCACGAGGCUCUGGAGACAGAGUUCAACAGGAUCUGUGCUUCCUGGAAGACUGAGAGCUGGCUGUGGCUGAGGAUCUUCCUCACAGACAUGAUAAUAUACCAGGGUCAGUACAGGAAGGCUCUGAGCAGCCUGCACCAGCUGGCCUCCUUCCAGCUGCCCCCCCCGGGGCAGAUGGGUUCUUCGGGGGGGCUGGAGCACCAGCGCGCCCUCAUCCAGCUCGCCUCCUGCCACUACGCGCUGGGAGAGCACCGCCUGGCCUGUGAGAAAGUUCUGGAAGUGGUGGGGGGGCUGGUGCCCCAGACUAUGAGCCCAAGCAAGACGAGCGAGGACGUUCCCCGGACCAGGACCAAACUGGGGAAGGGGACAGACCUGCGGCUGCUUCCCUGCACCAGUAAGGCCAUCAUGCCCUUCUGCCUGCAGCUGAUGCUGGCCUGCUUCAAGCUCCGGGCCUUCACUGAGACCAGGGAUGACCUGGCCCUGGGUCAUGUGAUCGUCCUCCUGCAGCAUGAUUGGCCGCAGGGUGAGGCGCUCUUCCUGAAAGCCGUGGAUAAGAUCUGUCAGCAGGGCAGCUUCCAAUAUGAAAACUUCUUCAACUAUGUCACCAACAUAGACAUGCUGGAGGAGUUUGCCUACCUGCGGACCACGGAAGGGGGCAAGGUCCAGCUGGAGCUGCUGCCCAAUCAGGGCAUGCUCAUCAAGAGCCCCAGCCCUGCCCUGGGGCUGGUGUCCCAGGAGUUUAAUAACCUGCUGCUUCCUGGGGUGCAGACCACUGACAGGCACCACACGGUGACUCGCGGCAUCACCAAGGGGGUGAAGGAGGACUUCCGGCUGGCCAUGGAGAGACAGGUGUCCCGCUGUGGGGAGAACCUGCUGACUGUGCUGCACCGGUUCUGCAUCAACGAGAAGAUCAUCCUGGUUCAGUCGCUUCCAUGACUACACAUCCCCUGACCCCUGACCUCUCACUUCUCACUCUGUAAAUAUAUAACUGAGCUGAAUCACAGAUCCUUUAGACUCCACAGAUACUCAGCACCUACUCAUCUCAGCUCACACUGUAACCAGCAGAGGUCAUAGCAGGUAGUUUUUAGCACUAUAGAGAAUGUCUUUUGCCCUUAUGGAGCUCAGUAUCUUGUGGAUGUGUAGACUCUAUGGUUUAAUGUAAGUUAACAGAAUGGAGCUCAGUAUCUAGUGGAUGUGCAGAGUCUAUGGUUUACUGUAACUGUGCUGUCCCAGGACAGGCAGCCCAGGUCAGUUUAUUUUUAUAAUACACUGUAGUUAUAGUUUCUAGAUAUACUGAGAUUAAAAAAAAAAAAAAAAAAAGCUAAACAAAACUUCAUGGCCACUCGACUGUUGAUUUUUUGAGCACACAAAUUUGACUUGGAUAUCAUCAGAAACAUACAUAGUUUAGAUUGCAUCUAAUACAAUGGUGUUAUGAUUAUUAUGAUUAUUAUUAUUAUCUACACCUGUCUCACCAUGUUAUGGGCUGGCAAAUGCUUCUGUCAGACCGAACGUGUGGCCCUGUGGCUGGCAGCAUCCACACACACUUAGUGUUACGAUUAAAUGUUGAGAUAUUUUUUGCUGUAUUUGUACUGAAUUUCAUAUAGAGGGGUAUUUUUCACCCAAAAGAUUAAGUGCUAGUUGUAGAUUAGUUUACAGAUUGCAAAAACAAGCUCGCCAGACAAGUGCUACAUACCAUAGUUGUUCUAUGUCAAGUCAGAAAUGUUUUGAGGUGUGUUUGACAGUGUGGGAACUGUUCUUUUGGGAAUUACACAGGAGAGAUCUCGAAGUGAUUGUGGCAGUUGGUGUAUGUCUCACAGUGUGCCAGUUAUACCUUUGUUGCAUCUUUAAUGAAGUCAAACUACAAUAAUA